CAUGAAGAGAGACUUGAUACUCCUGUUUCUAUACGUAUUUCACCUUUUUUCCUUGUCCGAUGUCCAUGGUGGGCAACUGCGGCCUGGGGACACAACUAAAACGCGUCGAACAAAAGUGUUGAUUCUUGGGGCAGGCGUGGCGGGCUUAGUGGCUGCAAAAACUCUCCAAGAGAAUGGAAUCAACGACUUCUUGAUCCUGGAAGCUCAAGAUUACAUUGGAGGGCGUUUUAAGCAAAGAUCUUUUGCGGGAGUAAAGCUGGAAGAAGGUGCAAACUGGAUUCAUUAUGCGGAUGAUGAACAAAACCCUUUGUGGGAGCUAAAGAAGAAGCACAACUUACGAGGAAUCUACACCAACUACAGCGAUAUAAUAAUAAGAAAUGAAAAAGGUCAAGACACCACAGACCGUAAAGUACUAAAAGAGUUUGCUGAAGCCGAAGGAAAGCUAAUGGCAUUGCAAGAAUUGAAAUCUAAAGAUCAGCGACCUGAUAUGUCUGUCAGGGCAGCUCUAUCCAGUGUGGGAUGGACCCCUGAUACUCCAGCUAAGAGCGUCAUCGAAUACUCAGUUAUGGACUUUGAAUUUGCUGAACGGCCAAAGAUGGAGUCUCUUAUGGGAUUCGAAUCUCGAUCACUCGACUUCUUUGUGGCUGACCCACGUGGUUAUGGAAGCAUCUUUCUUAAGAUGGCCAAUAAUUUCCGUGACAGAAUUCUUCUGAACAAGAUUGUAAAACACGUUUCCUACACCCGAUAUGGCAUUAGAGUUACUACAGUCGAUGGCGAGACAUUUAACGCGGACUAUGGCCUCUGUACAUUUAGCACUAGCGUUCUGGCAAGCGACUCUGUCAUGUUCUCACCCAAACUUCCUCAAUGGAAAAUGGAAGCCAUAAAUAAGGUUCCACUGGCGUAUUACACAAAAAUUUUUAUCAAGUUUCCCUACAAAUUCUGGGAUAGCCAUGAGUUUAUCUUGUACGCUCACCGUAUCAGAGGCCAUUACCCAAUAUGGAUGGACAUUGAAGCACGUGAUAUUUUACCAGGGUCAGCCAUCUUGCACGUGACCGUCACAGGUGAAAUGAGCUUGAAGGUGGAAGGUCAGUCCGAUUCUGAGACGCUGAAAGAAAUCAUGACAGAACUCAGAAACGUUUACGGUUCGAAUAUUCCAAAUGCUCAAGGUAUAUUCUAUAGCAGAUGGUCUAAAAACCCGUUCACUCGUGGAUCUUAUUCAAACGCUGAAGUCGGUACCACCAAAGCGGAUUUUCAUAACUUGGCAGGAAAGCUUGGUAAGCUUUUUUUCGCCGGUGACUCUUUUGAUUUCGACUGGUGGGGCUUUGCGCAGGGAGCAUACUUCACUGGUGAAAGGAAAGCAACGGAAAUUGUGCAGUGCAUUAAAGGCAAUUGCGAAGUUUUCUGGCCAAAGGGAAACGUUGUUCAAGAAGUUUACAUCAACCCGUAAAGCACGUACUUAAGCAUAAGUACUAGCAACACAGAUUUCUGUCAAAAUAAUUUGGCAACUUUAGGGUCUAAGAGCUGAGUAUAUUAGGGACAAUGACUUAUUUCAAUUAACUAGUGCCUCGUAAAGGGUAUUGAGAGGUCAGUUUUUGCGUGAUUAGAUUAGACGUACUGAAUUUAUCGCUCAGUUUUUUAAUUUGAGGGGCGAGGGUUACU